UUGUCAUUUUUACUAUUUCAAUUUUGCUAGAGAGUAUGUGCUUUGUAGCAGCUUAAACUCUGCUGGGUUACUAAGUGUAUGCGGUCAUUAUUGAAAUUUUCCCAAACCAUAACUUUUGAAUAUCCUUUCGAAUUUCGAUUGUCUUUUUGCAGGGUAUGGAACUCUAUCCUCGCAUUGGUAAAAACUUCGACAUUAAAGUUUUUACAAAUUGCAGAUUUGGAAUGAUGUCUUGGGCAGUUCUAGCUGUAACCUAUUGCAUAAAGCAGUAUGAAGUGAACGGCAAAGUGGAUGAUUCAAUGCUUGUUAAUACCAUAUUGAUGCUGGUGUAUGUUACUAAGUUUUUUUGGUGGGAAGCUGGAUACUGGAGCACAAUGGAUAUUGCACAUGAUCGAGCUGGUUUUUAUAUUUGCUGGGGAUGCCUUGUAUGGGUGCCUUCUAUAUAUACUUCUCCUGGCAUGUACCUGGUCAAUCAUCCUGUACACCUUGGAACUCAGUUGGCACUCUACAUCCUAGUAGCAGGCAUUCUUUGCAUAUACAUCAACUACGACUGUGAUAGGCAAAGGCAAGAGUUUCACAGAACAAAUGGCAAAGCUUUGGUUUGGGGUAAAGCUCCAUCAAAGAUAACUGCCACUUACACUACCACAACUGGGGAAACAAAAAGCAGCAUUCUUUUAACUUCGGGAUGGUGGGGAUUAGCUCGACAUUUCCACUAUGUCCCAGAAAUAUUAGCUGCAUUUUUCUGGACUGUUCCAGCUCUUUUUAACCACGCUUUACCCUACUUUUAUGUGGUGUUUCUUACAAUCCUUCUCCUCGACCGGGUGAAAAGGGAUGAUGAUCGGUGCCGAUCCAAGUAUGGAAAAUACUGGAAAUCGUACUGCGAGAAGGUUCGGUACAGGGUUAUCCCCGGAAUUUACUGAGAAAAUGUUGCACAAGUGUUUGUUCUAUGUUGAGAAUGGCAUGUAUAUUCAGAAUUUC